AUGAGGCCAACUAAGACGAGGAGAGACGCAGGCGGCUGUACCCGCUCACGCUGGCGGCAAUACCGGUACGCGAGCCCGAGGCCCAAGCCAAGCGCCCCGAUAGAAAGUUUGGAGAAGAGUCUGGAAGACUUGCUGACCAGAGUAGAUGAAUUUGUGGGAAUGUUAGACAUGAUUCGAAGUGAUUCCUCUCAAGUUGUCAAUGAAAGUAUACCUCAAAUUUACACAAAAGCUACAGAAAUGAGACGCAUAUACAGGAAGAUUGACAAACUAGAGGCUUUUGUGAAGAUGAUUGGGAAUUGUGUCACUGGAAUGGAAGAACGGGUCAUAAAGGCAGAAACAGACCUUGGAACUUUUCCAAGCACAUUCAAGAAAAUCUGGCACACAAUCAGUGUACCAUCCUUCCUUAAUAAAUCGUCUUCCUCGCGACAGCAACAAACCCUCUAUGAACCUCCAACCCUUUUCAAGACUGAAGACUAUUUUCCCUGUCUAAAUGAAGCACCUUAUUCAUGAUUUUUGUUUUGGGGUUGAUACGAAUCAGCCAGAAGAGAGAAAGCCGAGUGAACAAAAGAAGUGCUAACCUCAAAAAUAGCUGCAUUUCUGAGCAUUAUUAAUGGCAUAUUGUCAUUCUGAUUGUCAUUGUCUUCCUUCAGGCAGUAUUUUCAAGUACAUUAUUUCAAGUCUUCCUAAAACACAGUGCAAGUUUGCCGAGCAUAUUUGGAAAGGAAUUUAAGAAUACAUCUGCAUUAGGUUUUUCUUUUUUUUAAUAGGGAAAUAAUAGGAAACAAUUUUUUAUAUAUACAUAUAUCUCUUUUAACACUUAAAUUUCUGUGCUGCUGCAAGUGUAAAUAGCUAUACCACAAGGGUGUGUGUGUGGUGUGUGGUUUUUUUGUUUAAUGUAUCCAGCUGAGGUAAGAUUAAGAGGAAAGCUAUGCACAAAUCACUGCCAGCAAGUUUUGGCACUUGCCCCUGCAGUUUGUAUAGAGGAAUGUACCGUAUUAGAAAACACAGAGGUAAUUGUUCUGCUGUUCUUUGAAUUGUGAAGUCCAGCAAGCUAAGCAUAGAGCUUAGCUUAGAGCUAAGAAUAGAGCUGUGGCUGCUGUAGAACUUCCAGGGGAAUUAUCUGAGCUUGAAAGGUCACUCUAGUAUAAAAUUAAAACUUUGACUUUUGUAAAUACAUGACAAUUAUAUGUGUAUGAUUACCAAAGGUCUUGUAAUUUAACCAAUUUAAUUAAAGCUGAGAACUUUGCUUGCGUGGAAUGUUUCUAAA